AUGGCCACCACCAAUGAUGAGCCUCCAUUGUCAGAAGCUAUAGAGCCAGCACAAUCACCACCCAUCUAUAAUGCCAAAUGCGAGUGCUGUGAAAUGUGUGAGGAGUGCACUGAAGAGUACCUCAAUAGUGUGCGUGACAUGUUCUUUGGGAAGUUAAUCUGCGGGUUGUGUGCUGCAGCUGUGAAUGAAGAAAUGAAGAAGAAUGGUGGAAAGCGAAAGGAAGCUUUGGAAGAGCAUAUGAAGGAUUGUGUGAAAUUCAAUAGGCUAGGUAGGUCAUAUUCUGCUUUGUAUCAUGCUGAAGCUGUUAAAGAGAUCUUAAAGAAGACUUCAAGAAAUUAA